UUUCUAAAUCCCAUUUUAAUCUUCUAAAUUUUAUUUUUCUAGUCUUAAUGGAUAUCUCGGAUACAUCAGAAGAAGAAUUAAGUUUUGAUGUUGUUGAAGAUAUCAUUGAUGAGUUGGUCGACAAAAUUUGUUUGGAAGAACGAAGACAGAAGCAACAAACAAAGGUUUCAAAAAAGAAGAAAGCUAACCAAGAUAAAUUGUUUGAUCCUGAAUAUUAUUCUCUUCCACCAAUUGAGAAUCUUUGUAUAAGUGUUAAGGAGGAUGCAAAAAUGGAAAGAUUUGGUGUUGUGGAAACACAAAUAGAUUUUAUAGUAAAAAUCAAACCGUUUGAUGGAGCUCCACAUCUGGGAUAUGAUACUGUUUUAUUUGACUCUGAACGACAUCCAUUGGGCGAAAUUUUUGAAGUUUUCGGGACAGUAACAAAUACAAUGUAUGCUGUUCGAUUUAAUAGUCCAGAAGAAGCUAAAGAAAAAAUGCCUGUUGGAAAAGAAUUAUUUUAUGCUUCUUUUGAUGAAAAUAUUACAAAAACUGUUUUUCCAAAUGAAUUAGCAAAGCUUAAAAAUUGGGAACGUAUUAGAAGACAGGAUGAAUCUGACUCCGAUGAAGUUUUUAGCGAUGAUGAAGCAGAGAAAGAAUAUUUAGUUAAAAAGCGUCAAAAAAAUCGUGAACGAACAAUUUCACAAAAUACAGUCAAUGGAUGUUCUGCAAAAAAGAAAACUCGCAACGACAUUAGGGGACCAACCAACCCCUUCAGCCUGCAUCAUAGACAAUGGGGACAAAACCGGAAUAAUUACCCUACAAAUCAAUACAUGCCUUAUCAACAAUCUACUUCAUUUUAUGGACAACAACAACCGCAGUACCACCAACAACGACCUUCAUAUCCUAAUUAUAUGUCACACUAUAACUCACAACAAUAUUUUGGACAGCCCUCCUACCCUCAAUAUUCAAUGCAUGCACCACAUUAUAAUUCUUAUAAUCAACCUCCUCAACCGACCCCUCUAUUUCCUGUGCCAUAUUAUGCGUUACCAAAUUAUCUCAAUGCUCCACAAAUGCCUCAAUCUAUUCCUUACCAGUUCCAACCUCCGCCACCACCUCCACCUUCUAAUGCACCUUUGUCUCAAGACGUUAUAUUGUUAGAAAAUUCCGACAAUCCAUAA